AUGACUGCUCCGCAUAGGGUGGGCAAAUAUGAUGUCUUCAUCAGCCACUGCGGCAAGGACUGCAAGAAAGGCUUUGCGGACCUGCUCAGGGAUGACCUUGAGCGGGCUGGGGUUCUGUGCUUCUUUGAUGAGCACAGCCUGGAGGUGGGUGAUGCUGCCCCAGCAGAGAUGCUGAAGGCCAUGGAAGAGGCCACGUAUGGGGUCGUUAUCCUAUCCCCAGGCUUUUGGGAGAGGGAGUGGUGCAUGAAGGAACUGGAGACCUUCGUGCGGAGGGGGAGGUUUGUGCCGGUCUUCUACGAGGGCUUCCAAGCAGUCAGUGCGGCAGCAGAGGCGGCGAUGGCAAAACGAGUGUGGAGGGGCUUUCAGCAGUCCAAGUGGGAUGAGGAAGCAUAUCGGCGGUUGGCCCAAGAAAGCGCCAGCUUCACUGGGAUCAGGCUGGAAGAAGAGAGCUGGUGGCUCUCAUGUAUCCGCAGGGUCAGGUACGAGGUGCUGAGACUCCUUGGCAAGGUGGGGGGUGGCAUUCAGAUUUCGGAGGAUGAGCUGUUGGUGGGGCAGAAGGAGCAUCUGAGGGAGCUUAAGAGGCUGCUGGGGUUGUCUCAGGAGGGGGUAGCAGGCACCGGUGGAACCCAAGCGGCGGGAGAGAUCCUCAAGCAGUUGGGCAAUGUCGACGAGGAUCCUGGGAAUCCCGAUCGGGGCAGGGAACUGAUCCGUCAAAGGCUUAACGGAAAACGAGUUCUAAUCUGCCUGGACGACGUAUGGGAGACGGUGUGUAUCGAGACCGCGGUCGUCAACGUCAGCGACCUCGCUCUAGGCAGCCGCAUUCUGAAGACGUCCCGGAAGAAGGAGAGCAUCGGGGGCCAUGUCCACGAUCUGGACUCGCUGGAUCCGGAACCUGCCUGGGAGCUGUUUUGCUGGCACGCGUUUGGGGGUAAGAUGCCACCGGAGGGUCUCGCCGAGCUGGCGAAGAAGGCGGCAGCGAGGUGCGGAGGUCUGCCUCUGGCCAUCAGGGUGCUGGGCAGGCAGGUGGCCGAGGCGGGGGACAAGAAGAAGCGGCUUGAGGACUUCAUUGCCCUUCCCCGCGAUGACGACGCCAUGAUCGACUGCCGAAAUAUAAUCAGAACAAGCUAUGACAACCUGCCCGUUGAGCCGCGAGGUCUAGGGGACGUCUUCAUCCUCGUCGCUGGCGUGUGGCCUCGGAAUCCCGAGUUCAUGCAGCAUCAGAGAGCCGUCGAGAACUUGGGGGCGGCAGUGUAUGGGGACGAGCCUAGAAGCACAAGGUUUAAACUGGCUAGCAAAGCGCUGGAAAAGCUCAACAGCCUCUCGCUCGUUGGGCUGAAGGUAAAGGCUUUCGGUUAUAGGGGAGACGUCUCGGGAGGCGUCUCGCUUACAGUUCAUGAUCUAAUAGUCGAUGUCGCGGAUGGGCUGAUUGAAAGGGGGGCCGCAGAGUCUGAACGAUUCUACCAGCCUGCCGGAGUCGCUCGGGCGGCUGACGGGGCUGACGAGCCUGAAUUUGCGAUGGUGCAACAAGCUGCGGAGCCUGCCGGAGUCGGUCGGGCGCUGACGGGGCUGACGAGCCUGGACCUGCGAGUGCGGGCGCUGCAGAGCCUGCCGGAGUCGGUCGGGGCGCUGACGGGGCUCACGAGCCUGGACCUGCACAUUUGCGGGGCGCUAGCGAGCCUGCCGGAGUCGGUCGGGGCGCUGACGGGGCUGACGAGCCUGGACCUGAACGACUGCCAAGCGCUUCAGGGAGCAAGUCAAUAUUGGUGGGCCGCAGCAAAAGGCGAAGCAUGGGCGCAGGUCAACCUGGGCGCGUGCUUCUACCACGGCACGUGGGUGGAGAAGGACGAGGCGCGCGCCGCCGAGCUGUACGCGAAGGCCGCCGAGCAGGGCGACGCGGAGGCGCAGUGCAGACUGGGUAACUGUUAUGCAAGAGGCAGGGGCGUCGAGAAGGACGGGGCAAUAGCGGUAAAGUGGAUGCGAACGGCUGCUGAGCAGGGGGACCCGGCCAUGGUGGCAAAUUUGGCGGAGGUUUUGAUGGAGGGUCUGGGAGGUGCACCGAAUUGGGUCGAGGCGCUGCGACUGUUCGAGUCGUCAUUGAAUAUAUGUGCACCUUCGAAGGUCACAUCAGCUUGGAUGCUCUGGGGUGGUCGGAAUGGAGUUCGACAGGACAGGCUCAAGGCCAAGACGAUGUGCGAGGAGGUCCUGACGACAGAGGAUCUGGACGACCAACUCAAGGGUUGGGAAGCAGUCGGCUGGACUUGGCCUGCUGCAUUGGAGUGGUUCCGAGGCGAAGCUUGGCGCGCUGACGAACCGUCCGGCGAGGCCCUCGAGAGAGGCGAAGGCGACAGGGGACUGCAUCAAGAAGCAGACGAAAACGGAAGAGGAUCCCUCCACCCUAGACCUGUGGACUUUGGAAAGGGCGCUCUGGCCGAACCAUCUGGACGUGCCGAGAAUGCGGGAGAGUCGCACGAAAACCCUGCUGCUGUGUUAUCGAACACUGCACACUCGGGAGAAGCCCUGGGCCCCCGACGCCGGCCGACGUUCGUGAUUCUGCAACACAUUUCUACCACUGCCGGCAUCGUUGCCAUUGCUCUUGGCGUUGUAGCUAUUGCCAUUGCCGUAAGCGAGACACGCCGACGAGAUCUGCCUACCGCAACACGUCGAAAUACCAGUAGAGGCGACCGUCGCCGGAAGGGAAGCACCGUCCGAUGCAUCGCGGACAUCCGCUGUGCGAACGGCACGGUCAUCGAGGUCCAGCACAGCGCCAUCUCGUCGACCGAGAUGCUGAAGAGAGAGGCCGUGCACGACGACAUCAUCUGGGUGGUGGACGCCAGAACACCGCGGUCGUGCAAGAGCGAGGAGUGCCGAGACGAGUCGUGCGACGGCCGUCACAUACCGGUGGUGGAGCGAGUCGCGGGCGAUCUGACCAACAUGCCUCCAGCUCCUGCCACGUCAGAGUUCGCCAUCUUCACCAUCGAGGUCAGGGGCCUGAGCUUCCCGUUCGCAUCGAAUCGCACCGUGGUCUUCGACACCGCACAAGGCCUCUUCUCGCUGCGACGCCGUCUCGGCCGCAGGGCGUUCCUAGGUGCCAAGGUGGACUCGCGUCGGUUCUUCGAGACCUACUUCAGCCCCAUCAGCGCCUCUUGUACGGACGAACUGGUCGCCCGAUACGCAGCGACGUGCGUGGCGUCUGAUCCGACCGGGGUCGAGAAAGCUCAAUUCAAGAGAUGGGGCUUUGUCUGGCAACCCGGCAAGUGCUCAUGGCGGCCUGUAAGCACGCCCGUCGAGCGGGCACCGGAACCUCCACCGGAGGAAGAGUGCUUCAGAGCAGCACUGUCUCCUUCGGAACCGUCGCGGAACCUUGACGACGCGGAGAGAGGCCCGAGGCUCCACACCGAGCCUAAGAGCCCGAUCACCUUCACCAAAGAAGACACUCCUUCGAGCGUAAACCCUCUACCGGCUGGCGCAUCGGAAGAUACGUACUAG